UGGCGCAGCGGACUCCCCCCCCCCCCCCUCGCCCCGCUGCCUCAGAGGAGAAGGAGACCGGUGAACAUGGAGGGACCGCGGGGAGUUCUGUCUCUCUGCCUGCUCACUGUGCUGCUGCAGCCCGGGACUCUGGGUAUGCCCCCUUUAUACCCUAUGAGUCAGCUCUGUAUGUUCUGUGAUCUGGAGCUGUCCUCCUGCAGUGGUACUGGGACCUGCAUGUCCAACUGCUCCAUCACAUCCACCUGUGACGACAGCAACGAGGUCUGUGUCUCGAUCUGGAGGAAGAAUGAGAAAGGCUUCUCCAUUGAAACCCUGUGUCAUGACCCGUCCAAGCCGCUCUAUGGUGUUAUGCUGGAAGACUACAACAGCUCCACCUGUGUGAUGAAGGAGAAGAACACAACGAGUGGAAUGGCUCACUUCUGCUCCUGUACUGACGAGGAGGAGUGCAACGACAAAAUGUUAUUCUCUCCCAUUUUGGAUCCAACCCCAGACGACCCCCUGGUGUCGGUUCUGCUGGUGAGCCUGGUGCCUCUGGUGGUGAUGGGGAUUGUGGUUGUGGGAAUGUUCCACUGGUACCGAGCCUAUCGGCAGCGCGGGAUCCGAGAAUGGGAGAGCAACAUUAAGAAGCGCAAGCCCAAAGCUGCGGGGCUGGACUGCGACGCCUGCGCCAUCAUGAUGGAUGACGACGGAUCGGACAGCAGCUCCACGCACGCCAACAGCCUCAACCACAACACAGAGCCGCUGCCUAUAGAGCUGGAACUGCUGGUGGGGAAGGGUCGCUUCGCCCAGGUGUACAAGGCCAAGCUGAAGCAGAGCACCUCAGAUCAGUUUGAAACAGUCGCUGUGAAGAUCUUCCCCUACGAGGAAUACGCCUCCUGGAAGAACGAGAAGGACAUUUUCUCCAACACAGACCUGCGACACGAAAAUGUCCUCCAUUUCCUGACAGCUGAGGAGAGGAAGGUGGAGAAACAGUACUGGAUCAUCACGGCCUUCCACCACAGAGGAAAUCUACAGGAGCACCUGACUCGUCAUGUGAUCAGCUGGGAGGAGCUGCAGGUGCUGGGCAUGUCUCUGUCCCAGGGGGUGGCCCACCUCCACAGUGACCGCCUGCUCUGUGGACGGCCUAAGGUGCCCAUAGUGCAUCGGGACCUGAAGAGCUCCAACAUCCUGGUGAAGAACGACCUGACGCUGUGCCUCAGUGACUUCGGGCUGGCUCUCCGUUUGGACAGCUGUCUGACUGUGGAUGACCUUGCCAACAGUGGACAGGUGGGCACGGCACGCUACAUGGCUCCGGAGGUGCUGGAGGCCCGACUGAAUCUGGAGAACAUGGAGUCCUUCAAACAGACGGACAUUUACUCCAUGGCCCUGGUGCUUUGGGAGAUGACUUCGAGGUGUGAAGCUAUCGGAGAGGUGAAGGACUACGAGCCUGCGUACGGCUCCAAAGUGCGAGAGCACCCCUGUGUGGAGAGCAUGAAGGACAACGUGCUGAGAGACAGAGGCAGACCUGAGAUCCCCGACAGCUGGCUGCAGCAUCAGGGCAUCGCGGUGAUCUGUGCCACCAUCAUGGAGUGCUGGGACCACGACCCGGAGGCCCGGCUCACCGCUCACUGCGUCGCCGAGCGCAUCUCGGAGCUGGAGGACGAGAUGGAGAAGCUGUCCAGCCGCAGCUCCUCGGCAGAGAAGAUCCCCGCCGAGCUGAAGAUCCCCACGGACUUGGAGAUCCCGGGGGACGAACAGAAAAUCACGGGAAUACAGGACGUCAUAGCUGUGGACUGCUCUGUUAGUGACGAGAAGUGACAGGAGGCGGGACAUCUUUAUGAGGGGAAUUUUCAACAAGGGCACUUAAUCUGCUUUGAUGGGACUGAAGGUUCUCAGCAGUGAUGUUAGGGAGCAGAGACCCUGCGUCCCACAAUCUCUUUCUAUCCCAGCAAAGAGCUUUUGGACUUGUGAAAUAUAGCAGCUUGCCUUAAUUAGCUGAAGAGCUAAAGAGCCCAAAAGCAAAAGAUAACUGGAAGCGUCCAAAGAUGUGCCUUGCAUGGACACAAAGAGUCAGACUCACUCUUUGAGGAAUAAACAGGGCGAUAACUAUUCAACCAAAGACAUUUGAUGUGCACUUUAACAUUGUUUUUCUUAUGCAUUACACAUGCUUGUUCAUGUAUGCUAACGUGCUUGCGGUAAAGGAGGUUUUGCCCAUAAGUGUCUUCGUUUGUCCGAUUUUGAGCCGGAGUGUCUAAUGAUGCUGCACUCCAUCUUCACCAGCAGGAAACCCAAGAAGUGUGUGUGUGUGUGGAAGGAAAGUGUGUGUGAGCUUUUGUGUGUUUUUACCCAGCUAAACCUGCCAGAUAAACAAGCACAAUGUACAUAGAGACCAUAACUGUACAUAAGAGGAAUAUCAACCAAAAGGAAAUGUAAUCCUAUACUUACCUUUGAAUGCAGAGAAUAAAAGACGUCACAGACUUAUUUUAUUAUUGUUUUUCUAUAUCAACAGGAAAGUUGGCCAAAGAGAUGUUAUACCUGCCUUACAUACAGUUUGUGUCAUUUGUAAAAUAUUGUAAACCCUUUGUGAAUUAAAGAUAUGUCUGUAUACUGACAUUCUGUUCGCAAACCCUUUA